AACAAACAUCACAGCAUGCAAGUGAAAGCGUGUGCGUUGUUUACUCUCAUCACGUUACCAAUCCUUGCGCUGGCGGAGCCUGAAUCUUGCCCCUCUGUCUGCGAAUGCUCUGAGUGGAAGGCUUACACCAUCUCCUGUUUUGAUAUAGAUAUUCUUCCCAGAUUCCCCGCAAGCACGGAGAUCCUAUGGCUUCUGGAGACCCGGCUCUCCUCCAUUCCAGCAGAUGCUUUCAGCAGCAUGGUCAACAUCUCCAGAAUAUAUGUGUCAGUCGACAUGACGCUGAAAAGGUUAGAGAAGAACUCGUUCUACAACCUGAGGAAAAUCACCCACAUUGACAUACGGAAUGCAAAAAGUCUGACUUACGUAGAUCCACAGGCCUUUAAGAACCUCCCAAGCCUCAAAUAUCUGGGAAUUUUCAACACCGGCUUGACUCUCUUUCCUGUCUUGAGCAACAUUCAGUCAAGUGACAUCAACUUCAUUCUGGAAAUUGUGGAUCACCCUUACAUAACGGAGAUCCCAGCCAACUCAUUCCGGGGCAUCACCAGCGAGUUGCUGACAGUGAUGCUGGAUGGCAAUGGCUUCACUGAGAUAAGGAAUCACGCAUUCAAUCAGACCAAGCUAGAUCAAGUGUACCUCCACAGAAACAAGUAUUUGACCAAGAUGGAUGAAAGGGCUUUUGAAGGCGCCAUCAGAGGCCCCAUGCUGCUAGAUGUGUCCCUGACAGGGAUCGCCUCACUGCCAACCGUGGGCAUGGCGUCCGUUCGGGAGCUGAUGGCACGCGACGCCUGGGCUCUGAAGAAGCUGCCCCCCAUCAAAACCUUCAAACACCUCAUCAGUGCAGACCUCACCUACCCCAGCCACUGCUGCGGCUUCAAGAACCUCAAGAAGAAACGCGGCUUCUUGGAGUACAUCAUCUGCAACCUAACUGCGUUCUAUAAUCAGCACCACAAGCGCUCGGUUGGGCCACUCCGCAUGCCGCACUUAGAGGGGGCCGACGUGUCCGAGAUGGCCCAAGACCAGGAGCCCCACGACGGGAGUCUCAGAGACUCCCAACAGGACUGGAGGAAAGGGGACUUCCAUGGCAGCCUUCAUUACCACGCCUACUUUGGGGGCCAGCCAGACGAGGAUGUGGGUUUCGGGGAGACCCUCAAGAACCCCCAGGAGGACACCAGCCAGGAUUUUGACAGCCGCUAUGAUUAUGUGGUGUGUGAGGAAGGAGAGGAGGUGACGUGUUCGCCAGCGCCUGAUGAGUUCAACCCGUGCGAGGACAUCAUGGGGUACAGCUUCUUGCGUGUCUCCGUGUGGUUUGUCAGCCUGCUAGCCGUCCUGGGGAACGUGGUGGUGCUGCUGGUGCUGCUCACCAGCCACUACAAGCUCUCCGUCUCCCGCUUCCUCAUGUGCCACCUGGCCUUUGCUGAUCUGUGCAUGGGGAUCUACCUCCUGCUGAUUGCCUCUGUGGACCUGCACACACAGGCGGAGUAUUUCAACCACGCCAUCGACUGGCAGACGGGGCCUGGCUGUGGCCUGGCAGGGUUCUUCACCGUCUUUGCCAGCGAGCUGUCCGUUUACACCCUGACGGUGAUUACGCUGGAGAGGUGGUACGCCAUCACCUUCGCGAUGCGGCUGGAUCGCAAGCUACGUCUGCCCCACGCCGCUGCCGUGAUGCUCGGCGGCUGGAUCCUCUGCCUCCUCCUGGCCCUGCUCCCGCUGGUCGGUGUGAGCAGCUAUCAGAGGGUCAGCAUCUGUCUCCCCAUGGACACCCAGUCCACGGUGGCGCAGAUCUACAUCAUCUCAGUGCUGAUCCUCAACAUCCUGGCCUUUGUGAUCAUCUGCGCCUGCUACAUCAAGAUCUACUGCGCCGUGCACAACCCGCACUACCGCUCCGGUUCCAAGGACACAAACAUCGCCAAGCGCAUGGCCAUCCUCAUAUUCACGGACUUUCUGUGCAUGGCCCCUAUCUCCUUCUACGCCAUGUCGGCCGUGCUGGACCGGCCGCUCAUCACCGUCUCCAACUCCAAGAUUUUACUGGUGCUCUUCUACCCGCUCAACUCCUGCGCCAACCCGUUCCUCUACGCCAUCUUCACCAAGGCCUUCAGGGGCGACGUGUUCAUCCUCCUCAGCAAGGUAGGGCUGUGCCAGCGGAGGGCGCAGCUCUUCAGAGGCCAAACGGUCUCGUCGAAGGGUAGCAGUGGGAUGUCUCCGGGCCAUAAGGACAGGGGCAAAGUUAGGAAAUGGGGAGACGGAGUCCCAGAAGAGGUGCCCAUCCACUUGAGGGAAUGCUCUGGACAUACCUAUCACCAACCCGUCUGCCAGAGAUCCAACCCCGAGAAGAGCCGGAGCUUGGACACGUGAGCCAACCCAGCCGGGAGAGGUGGAAGAGAAGU